CCGCAUCCGGAAACUCGCCGAGCCCCGCGACAGUGUCGUGCGCGCCGUGCACUGUCAUACUAAUCGUCGGUUACAUUCCUGAAACUGUUGCAACCCCCCCAGAAAUUGCUUCCACCGGUUCGUUCGGCUUCCGGCGUUCUGCUGCGGUCUCCCGUGAAAGGAUAUCCUUCAGAGUCGUUUCUCAAAGGAUUGCAUCUUUGUCUGAAGUCGCUUCUUGGUUUUGUUGCUCGCUGCAAAUGGUGGAGAUUUGAGGAUCCUGUUGAUCGAGAAGAUAAAGAAGGGGAACAAGUUUUGUGAUUCCUGUGUCAGUUCGAGAAGAUUCGACGACGGGAUGAUGCUGGGGGGCUACGAAACGCAGCCGGAAUACUAUCCGCAGUGGCAUCAACCCUACAACUAUGUCACGCAAUUACCCUACGGUCCGCUGACAGUUCCCGACGCGGACAGCCAAUCGACGUACUGGGGCGCGGAUUCCGGGAUUUCCGGGGGUAGUUCCGGCGCAGGAAGCCCCACCGCCUCGACGCCACCCCUGAUCGAAGAGAUCGGCGUCCAGGAGACCAGCUACUCCCCUCUGCAACAAUACCCUCACCCCUCGAUGAGCCAGCAUUACCCUAACCUGGUCUAUCAACCGCAACAAGAGAUUCCUCACCAUCACCUGCUGCACCAUCACCAUCAUCCCCAAACCCUCAGGAGGGACGGCGAGUAUUCCGGUGUCUCGUCGAUGAACCAGAUCGAGAGCGGUUUCCAGCAACACCUGAGAGAAGCCGCGAGAGAGGGUGGCUUGGUGGUGAGGCCGAAGAGGAGGAACACCGCGAACAAAAAGGAACGGAGGAGGACGCAGAGCAUAAACAACGCUUUCGCGGACCUUCGAGACUGCAUACCGAACGUUCCCGCGGACACUAAGCUGUCGAAGAUCAAGACUCUUAGGCUCGCCGCUUCUUACAUUGGAUAUCUAAUGGCGGUCUUAGACAGCGACGAGGGAGAGGAGCCGCAGACAUUCAGGGCAGAGAUCCUCUCGCACGGCAGGAGGAGCAAGACGACUCAGGCGAAUCAGAACGAGUCGUGUUUGCACCCUGCCUCCAGCCUGAUGGCCGAGGAGUCGUCGAAGGGCAAAGGGCGAACCGGAUGGCCGCAGCACAUGUGGGCCCUGGAGCUGAAGCAGGAAUCGCAGGCCAGCCAAAUCCAAUAAAAUCGACGAUCUCCAUCAAUUCGCGACUAAACUUCAGCCAUUUCUUCGAUCCUCUUCGGAAAAUUUUAUUUAUUUCAACACCGCGAUUCCUUUACGCAUUUAUGCAAUUUGUGCAAUUGUACCGUUCGGUGCAUCGUACGCGUAUAACGCGUAGAAACGAGAUCUUAGGACGUAGAACGGCGAUGUUAUUAACGCUACAACAAUCACCGGGUCAGCUGUUUUAUUUCGUUUCAUUUAUUUAUUAAACACGUUCGUCCGUUCACGUUUCACAGGCUCGCCUCGUCGAUGCGAACAGUAAAAAAUAACGUUCUGCGAAUUGUUUUAUCGACAGCCUAUCGAUCGAUGGACGUUGUAGCGUUAACGUCGAUCGAGAGCAACGUACGAAAAACAAGUAGGAUUAAUUAGCGUAGAGUCGCCACCGCGGUGAUGUUCGUAUCAGUUUUUGUAAUUCUUUGAUUUCGCGAUUCUUCGAAACGAGAUGUUUGCGUGUAGCGUAGAAAGGCAAAGAUUUUCCAACAGCAUAUCAUAAACGAUAAAUCGUGAAACGGUCUGUCGACGUCGAAGGACCGCGUUCAAUGGAUUCUUCUCGUCCGGAGGAACGAUGACGGGGACCCGCUGUAAAAAAGAAGAGACGAUCGUCUGUAAAUACGCGUCCGCGAUACGUCACGUGUGUAAAUAGAAGUGUCCUGUUACGUAGUUCGUAAUUAAACGCGAGUCUCUCGAGUCGGUUUCGAUUUUCGCGCGCCUUCCCCACGAGCGUUAAUUAGAAUUUAGAGAACGGUUCGCUAAGAACCAGGCAACCUUUGUAUAAAGAACCGUGUCAGCGAUGUAUAAAAAGUCACUAGCAAUAAACAGAGUGUUGUAAUUUAAAAAGC